UAUCCUGCAGUCUAAAUCAAGAUUAUGACUUUUUUAGUCAGUUAUUUAUUCCCAUCUAAUCUGCUAUUUAUAUGCCUGUUGUGAUACCUCUCCCUGCCUGAAAAGAGAGAAGUAUUGAGGGAUGAAGAUUAUGAGAGCUCUCUUCCUCCUCCAUGCUUCCCUUCUCGUGCAUGUCAUGGCAAGCAAGAAGGUGUACAUAGUUUAUCUUGGGGGGCAUUAUCAUGGAAAAGAAGCAACAACUGAAGAUUUUGACAGGGCAACUUGCUCCCACCGUGAGUUCCUGGAGUCUUUCCUGGAAAGCAAGGAGAAGGCUCAGCAAGCAAUCAUCUACUCUUAUAACAAACAUAUUAAUGGUUUGGCCGCAUACCUACAUGAAGACGAGGCAGCCCAAUAUAUAUUAUAAAUGUUUAAACACCCAGAUGUGAUAUCCGUGUUCCCAAACCGGCUCUUGCAACUACAUACAACAAGAACUUGGGAUUUUCUUGGGUUGGAGAGAGAUGGAUUUGUUCCUCCAGAUUCUAUCUGGACAAAGGCCAAAUAUGGAAAAGAUAUUAUAAUUGCUCACCUUGACACAGGUGUGUGGCCUGAAUCUGUGAGCUUUCAUGACGAUGGAAUGGGAGAAAUCCCACCCAAAUGGAAAGGAUCAUGCGAGAAUAGCACAAAAUCUGGAGUUAUCUGCAACAGAAAACUGAUAGGUGCAAAAUAUUUUGACAAGGGAUACAAGUCAAAAGCAGGGAUACCAUUUAAUGUCAGUAUUGGCACAACGAGGGACACUGAUGGCCAUGGAACACACACCCUGUCAACAGCAGGAGGUAGUUUUGUGCCCCAAGCCAGCUUCUUUGGCUUUGCCAAUGGCACAGUUAAGGGUGGCUCACCUGCAGCUCAUGUGGCUUCCUAUAAAGUUUGCUGGGAGUUGGGCUGCUCCGAUGCCGACAUCUUAGCUGGCUUCGAUGAGGCCAUUAAAGACGGCGUCGACGUGAUCUCAAUUUCACUUGGGGGCAUUGCCACUAACUACUUUGCUGAUGCAGUUGCUGUGGGUUCUUUCCAUGCUAUGCUAAAUGGCAUUUCUGUGGCUUGCUCUGCUGGAAAUAAUGGUCCUUUUGAGGGUUUAGUGUCAAAUUCUGCACCAUGGGUGAUGACUGUGGCAGCCAGCUCAAUCGACCGAGAUUUCACCAACUUUGUCACUCUCAGCAAUAAGAAGCUGAUGUUUGGAAAAAGCAUGACUGCUAGGGGUCUGAAAUCUAAAAAGCUUUACCCUUUGAUCAACUCAUUUGACGCCAAGGUUGACAAUGUCUCUAUCCAUAAAGCACGGUUAUGUUACCCGGGUUCUCUCAAUCGAGAGAAGGUAAAGGGAAAGAUAGUCAUUUGUCUUCGAGGAGACAUUGACAGGCUUGCAAAAGGAUUAGCUGUUCAUGACGCAGGAGGUGUGGGUAUGAUUCAUGUCAAUGAUGAGAAUGAUGACAUGGUUGCUGACACUCAUAUAAUCCCAGCUACAAUGAUCAGUCAUAAGAGCGGUCUUCUUCUCCAGUCCUACAUGAAUUCCACCACAUCGCUUCUAGGAACAAUUUCAGCAGGCAAAACUACAACAGCAGGAAAAACUACAAUAGGAGUAAAACCAGCACCUGCAGUGGCGGCAUUCUCAUCUCGGGGACCCAGUUAUAUAGCUCCCCAGAUUCUGAAGCCAGAUAUAACUGCACCAGGAGUUCAGGUUUUAGCUUCAUUCCCUAAAGCCAUACCCAUCUCAGAAUCAAAGUACGACACCAGGCGAGGGCCAUUUAACUUCAUGUCAGGUACAUCAAUGGCAUGCCCUCAUGUAGCUGGCACCAUAGGACUCCUCAGAAAACUACACCCUCAUUGGAGCAUAGCUGCCAUUAGAUCAGCCAUCAUGACAACAGCGAGAACCAGGGAUAACACUGGAAAGCCGAUGAAGGAUGAUGGCACAGGAGUAGAGGCCACACCAUUUGCCUAUGGAGCUGGACAAAUACAACCAAACCGUGCAAUGGAUCCAGGACUUAUCUAUGAUAUGGGCGUUGAAGACUACGUGAACUUUAUAUGUUCCUUUGGAUAUAACUCAACGCAAAUUCUAAAAUUAACUGGCAAUCCUUACAAAUGUUCAAUGAAAAAAAUGGUGGUAGAGAAUAUGAAUAACCCCUCAUUUGCAAUUCCGAGCCUCAACAAAACAAUGACUGUGACCCGCAAUUUGAAGAAUGUUGGAUUACCUGGAACUUACAGGGUGAAGAUCAAAGCUCCUAAGGGUAUAUUGAUUUCAGUAGAGCCUCAAGUUAUGCAGUUCAAGGAAGUUGGAGAGGAGAAGGAAUUUAAGGUAUGCUUCAAUUCUACUAUAGGAAGGUUGGGAAAAGGAUACUCCUUUGGCAUGCUUAUUUGGUCAGAUGGGAAGCACAAUGUCAGGAGUCCCAUGGCUGUGAAUGUAACAUCAUGAGGUUUACUGAAUUUUUAGACAUUUGCAUAGUUUAUCUUUUAAAAUUUAGAGCCAAAUGGGUUUAGAAAUUCAAUUGCACCACUUGUGCAUGGUAGGCAUGGUUGCAUUGGACUGAAAGCUUCUUUCUUGAUUAGUUUAGUCAAUUUUCAUGUGGGCUAUAGAUAAACUCUUUGCUUGAGCUAGCGGUGGAAUUCUUUUUUUAUUAUUUAAAGUAUCAUCUACUCAUCUUCAAAAAUUUUAUAGCAAUAAGUUAACAUCAGACUAGAAAAUUGCUUAUGGAUAGAAGUUAAAUUCUUAAUGAUAUGUUUUACAUGCUAUAAUCAGGACUCUUUGGUUGUGUGUG